CAAGUUGAUGCAUUGCGGCUCUCAGACUUCCCCGCGGGCGUGCCGCGCGCGUUCUGGCCAUGACGGCGGUGCCGAUCAACCAGCUGGCCCGGAACAAGGGGGUGAAGUACUCUUGUGAGAUCACCGGCAGCCCAGCGACGCUGGUCUGCUCAGAGUGCCCCGUCUACUUUGCCACGUAUGAGCACUUCGAUGUUUGGUGGAAAGGCAUCGGCAAUCUCAUAGCCCAGGACAUUGUGGUACUGCGGGCACCACCAAAGAUGAUCGGCUCAGAGGAGGAGAGAAAAAGACGAGCAGAGGAGCUCAUUGUCAUCCGAAAGGAGCUGCUUGACCUAUGCACGGCGACGGCACAGAAAUUCCUCGUACAGGGGAAGUACGACCUCGCAGUGCCUGGCGCCCUGCAGAGUCUGAAGUUCGCCAUCGACGUCUUCGGCUCCGAAGCCUCGGAGCUGGUGCCUUCCUACCUGCUGCUGGCCGAGGCGAACCUGGGCCUGCGGCGCCUGAAAAUUGCGGAGGAGUUCCUGUCAUUGGCGAACUGGAACAUUCUGAAGCACCAGGCGAGCUCUUCCAUGAUGUCCAGCUUGCAGCGGAACUUUGGGCGGCUUUAUGCGGCGCAGCAGAGGUACAAUGAGGCGGGAUUUUGUUUUCAGUUUUUUUUCUUCCCGGGACGGCCCCCAAACCACAAGUUGCAGUUGUCCAGAAUCGAAAUGAGUGUUCUUUUGUGGGGUUGGUACCCUUGUGUUUGUUUGUUUCAAAGGGGAAACCCACGGAAAACAAAUUAA